ACUGCUCAUACCACUAUCUCAAUCACCUCCUUCCUGUCCAUCUAACCUCCAUCCUCUCGAACAGUCUCUAUUUCCAGUAUAUCUCUGUCGGGAUAGAUCGUUCUCUCGCCGUCUCCUACCAUCAUGACGCUCUCUGAGGAAUUCCGCUCGCGAAACUUCAGUAUCUAUGGACAAUGGACUGGGGUGAUCUGUAUUAUCCUGUGCAUUGCGCUUGGAAUUGCCAACAUCUUUUCGCCCCCUGCGCGCAUCGUCUUCAGUAUUCUGUGCUUGAUCGCCGGCGUGGUCCUUAUCUUCGUUGAAGUUCCAUUCCUCCUUCGCAUUUGCCCGACGUCCGACAAAUUCGACAACUUCAUCCGACGAUUCACCACGAAUUGGAUGCGCGCCGCUAUGUACCUCGCCAUGAGUGCAGUCCAGUGGAUCAGUCUCGUCACCGGCGCUUCCAGCUUGAUUGCCGCGGCGGUCAUGCUUCUGAUCGCGUCCCUCUUCUAUGCCCUGGCUGGCGUGAAGAGCCAAGACUUUGUCGGUAGCAAGACGCUGGGCGGACAGGGUCUGGCACAGAUGAUUGUCUAGUCAGGUUCUGUGGGAUAUGGCAUGAAUUGGAUUGGUUUCGGGUGCUCAUCGUGUCCUGCUAGCCGUGGGAUCCCCUUGCGCCCUUUGCGGAAUGCUCUCAACCGACACAGCGGAGUGGCUGUGGCCACGAGGCAGAUAGGGGACACCGCCAUCCAAGUCCAAUUACGGAGGAAAGAAAGGAACGUUCUGCGCUGAAAUUUCAUGGUUACGAAUUAAACCCGUCGUUCUCAGCGAGGCCGCCGAGCAGGCCUCUGUACUUUUAUCUCAUCAGGGUCGUCUACAAGGACUCGCGCCCAGGGCUAAAAGGCGUUUGCAAUCCCGGUUUCGAAUGUGUUGGGGACCGCGAAGACUCUGCUUUAUAUUUUCUUCGCGCCGUCUUGAUCCGAUAUUCUUUGUUCUUUUUGUGCGAUCGUUGUACUUUGCUCUUUUGUUAUCUCGUUCUGGCGUGGUCUGUCUCCGCCCAGUCGAGCCUUAGAUGACUUCCUUACCGACUACUAUACCUAGCGAAUACCCUACUGGCAUCCCGGCGAUGAAGGAAUUAAUUGUUAUCAUAGGAUAGCGAGAAGUAGCCAUCGCUUUGGUUUCAAAUUGGCAUUGACUCCAGCAAUUGCC